AUUUCGGAAUUCUCAGUUCUAAAAGUUCCGACUAUUUCCCGGAAAGUGGGAAACCAGUUCGUCGUAAAAGUAUUCAUUGGAGCAUAUCUUGGAGUAUAGGCUUACACGUUGGGACAUAAAUCUGGUGCUUUGAGUUGGUUUACAAUUGUGAUUAAAGGGAUUGAUCAGUUACAUUCAAGUUGUACAAUGGAUGGUGUUGGUGUAGAUAACAGGACGACGCUGAUUGAGAAGAGAAAUGGUGCCAAUGGUGGUCAACAAUCCUGCAUAUGGUCAUCUCCCGAAGGAGGGUGUGAAAUUGACAUAGGAAAGCAGAUAUUCUGCAACAGGUCCUUAAACAUGAAAAGUAUAGUUGCUGUUGGCUUUGACAUGGAUUACACCCUGGCGCAGUACAAACCUGAGACUUUUGAAUCUCUUGCAUAUGAAGGCACUGUCAGAAAGCUAGUCUAUGAUUUAGGAUAUCCUCCAGAGCUGUUGGAAUGGUCAUUUGAUUGGAGCUAUAUGGUCAGAGGUUUGGUUCUUGAUAAAAAGAGGGGGAAUAUAUUAAAGAUGGACCGACACAAAUAUGUGAAAGUUGCUUACCAUGGAUUUAGGGAGAUGUCCAAAGAAGAUAAAGUUGCUACCUAUGGCAAUACCUUGCUUCGGGAUUCAUUUGAUGAACCUGACUAUGCACUUAUUGAUACCCUUUUCUCUCUGGCUGAAGCCUACUUAUUUGCUCAGUUGGUGGACUUCAAGGACAAAAAUCCGGGAAAAGUUCCUGAAAAUGCAGAAAUGCCCAUGCAGCAAUAUGCUUUCGCAAGAAUAACUUGGACUAAUUUCAUUGAACAGGAAGUUGCAGCUUAUUUAUGGAGGUGCACUCCUUGUUUGACUAGUUUGUUUAUAUUGUUCUCUGCCGCUGCCACCAUCAGAUAUAUCAAUGACAAUACCUCAAUUGUUCCGAUGCUCAAAAUGCUUAGAGAAUCUGGACGUGCUACUUUCCUGGUAACAAACAGCUUGUGGGACUAUACAAACAUUGUUAUGAACUUUCUCUGUGGGCCUUCACCUUCAGAUGGAUCGUCUACUUCCCGUUAUGAUUGGCUUCGGUACUUUGAUAUAGUCAUCACUGGCAGUGCAAAACCAGGUUUUUUCCAUGAUGAAAACCGUGCAAAUCUUUUUGAGGUUGAGCCUGAGAGUGGCAUGCUUAUUAACACUGAUAAUGGAACUCCUAUGGCACAGGUGGGAAGCACUUCUAUAAGAUUGCCGUUAAAGAGCUUGAAGAAAGGCUGCAGAAUUUACCAGGGGGGGAAUGUUGGCCAUUUGCAUAAAUUACUCUCAAUUGAGUCAAGCUCACAGGUUCUUUAUGUUGGAGAUCACAUUUACGGUGAUAUCUUACGCAGCAAAAAGGUUUUGGGUUGGAGAACAAUGCUUGUUGUUCCAGAACUUGAGAGAGAAGUUGAACUUCUCUGGGAACUAAGGGACAUGCGGAAGCAACUUCAGUUACUGAGGAGUCAGCGUGAUCACAUUGAAGAUGAAACUCACCAUCUUAAGUGGUCCCUCAAGUCUGAAGAUACUAAUGAUACCAGCAAGGAGAAGAUGCUGUCCGAGCUUGACAAGCUGAAGUCUCAAAGUGAGGAGGUCAGGCUCAGUCAUCAGCAGGCACAACGAGAAUGUCACCAAAAGUUCCACAAUGUCUGGGGACAACUGAUGAAGACCGGCUAUCAGAAUUCUCGUUUCGCACAUCAGGUGGAGAGGUUCGCGUGCCUUUAUACCAGCCAAGUGACAAACUUGAGCCUGUAUUCCCCAGAUAAGUACUAUAGGCCGAGCGAAGAUUUUAUGCCCCAUGAAUUUGACAUCCUCUCUAUUUGAAGAAAUCAUAUCAGCCAGGAGGCGCAGGCAGUGCAUUUUGAAGAAGAGCUUUGCUCAUUCUAACUUUUAGGUGCAUCGACAUGUUUUAUAUAUUGAGUUCUUUGAUUUAGGUCAGCUGGGAAUGCAACCCUUUAAGUUGUACCAACGUAGAAAGUCUUUAUGUUUUGUGGUUAAAUAACUCAAAUGUAUCAUAUUUGUUUUGUGCUAUCUCAUAUAUGCACUCGCCUGAUUGUGAAUUUGCAUUAUAUUCUCUAUACUUUAUAAGAUUGCAUGGAUUUUACC